GAAGGAGAUCACAUGAUCACAACAUCAUAUUAACGCAAAGCAGACAAGAUUUGUGAGAUCAGGAAGUACCCAGUUCGAACGUCUUGCAAUGGCCGAACAUAGUUGGCGCCCGUCAAGGAAGAAAUAUGGAGUCGCCAUAUUUAACUUUGCGGGAGAUGUUAAGAAUGGAUUACGCCUAAAGAUUGGAGAGACUGUUCACAUUUUAGAGGAGUAUGGAACUGGAGCGAAGGGUUGGUUCAGAGGAGUGUCCCUCCACCAGAAAGGACCAAAGAAGUCUGGAAGCUGUAUUACAAUGGGAAUCUUUCCAGCAGCCUUGAUACACAUCAAGGAGUGCAGGGUCGACAAUGAAGGUCCCCGCGAGACGAUUACGCCUAUGGAGGAUCCCAUGGUAAAGGAGGUCACCUACGUCCUACGAGAGUGGUACACCAUGUGGAAAUCUCUUUUUAUCAAAUGGGGUCAGUCAAACAUAACAGUACAGGAGAUCAGGAAUGCUAUGUUACACCUGCUGUCUCUAAGAUGCAAGCUCAUCAGUGCUGCCCUGUCACAUGAACAGGCCAAGGAACUGCGCCAGGAGAUCGCCACUCUUAUAGACUGGGGGGAUGGAAAACUAGGAAUGGACUUGGUACCCCGAGUUGAAGGGGAACAAGUAGAUCCUGACCAAUAUAGUGUGACAGGGCUUUACAGACUCCACGCAAAGAGUGCUUCAAACACUACCUCGAAUAUGCCAAAGAAGCGGAGCAGCAAUGAAGCUACUGGCAUGAGGGGGGAGGGGCUGUACCAUCUCCUUAUCAACUUCAGAUCAUCACAGUGUGCCAUUAUGGAGGAAUCUGUCCUCUACCUGUCUGUGUACAAUGCCAGAGAACGCAAAUUUAUCAGUGAACAGUUUGAAGUGUGUGUGAACAAGAACGGUUUGGCUCAGGACACAGACAAACUUGAUAAUGGAUACUACGGUCUGUUUACAGACUUAUCUUCAGAAGAUCUGAACAAAACAUUGUUUAUAGUCAUCAAAAUAUACAGAUGUGGUAAGAUGUUGGCUACAACACAACAGAAGGGCGCGGGACGCACAUACAGACGUCCAUUUGGAGUAGGAAUUUUAAAGGUUGAGGAGGUGAGACACAUGUCCUCGACAGAGAAGGAAUACGAAACUAUGAUGAAGGUCACAAGUUGUGUGGACAGUGAGAACUCCUUCCCUGACCAACACGAGAACCUGAUCAAGAAGGCCCUUCAGGAGAAGCAGGGCAACAGACUAGGGGCUAGCUUUAAAGAGGACAGGCUCAAUCUAGGUGUUACAUUUUCAUUCAAAAUGUUCCAAGGUGACCUACAGGCAAUAAAAACAGAGGAGGCCAUCUUGUUUUCCAAAGGAGUGACUCUGAUACCCAAACUCAGCUUUACCGAUCUCAUAAUAAACCCAGGUCAAAUGAGAAACGAUAUCUACCUGACCUUGGUCAGUGGGGAGUAUGAACGCGGCAAGAAAAAAUCGGAGAAGAAUGUAGAAAUUGUUGUGACUGCCUUUGACUCGAAGGGAGUUGAAAUCAAGAACUGCAUGAGCUUCGGAUGUGGAGAGAAACCUCAAACCAAUUUUUACUCGACAAUCUAUUACCAUGACAACAGUCCACAGUGGAAUGAAACAGUGCGGUUAUCUGUACCGAUGGAAAUGCUGCCAAAGUCUCGAAUUAGAUUUGAUAUUUAUCAUUGUUCAACUAGAGGAAAAGAAAACAAGAAAUUAGUAGGAUUUGCUUUCUUAUGUGUAACUGAUGACAAGGAUAUUGUUAUACAGGAUGGGUCACAUGACCUGUGUAUAUUCCAGUGUGAGGAAAUAAGUAAGGUGGUAUUCAAGAAGUAUUGUGGACUACCAUUUUUAUAUGACGACAUGGGAGAUGUCAGAAUGUCUGUGUUCCCCAGCAAUACGCCCUACAAGAGAAGUGCCAGGGAGAAACUGACUGUGAAAACUCAGCUGUGCUCUACCAAAUAUACUCAAACAAGUGACCUUUUGGGCCUACUGCAGUGGAAACUUCCCGCGAAUCAGCAACGCCUGCCAGCAAUUCUGGAUCAGUUAAGUAAGAUGGAGGGCGUCGAAAUCAUGAAAUUCCUGCCAGAUGUCCUUGACUCGCUCUUUGCCAUCAUGACAGACGGGUGUGAUAAUGAAAACACCAACACUUCCAAGGUUUUCCAAGUACUGGUGUAUGUACUGAACCUACUAAAGGACAGUCGGUUUGUCACCUUCCUACCUGUAUUAGAGAACUACCUGUCCGACCAAUUCUCAUCACCUGAAGUUCACAGAGACAUGUUGAAGUGCUUUGCUGAAGGGAUACAUUCUUACUGUGAUGGUGGAUUGUUCACAGUGUCCCUUUGUCUAAAGGUUCUAGAACAGAUACUGCGGUUUGUUGUACGAUCCAGAGAACUACAACUCAGCCUUGGCGGUGGGGAUGAGAUGGAAUUCAAGAGAAAUCUCCAGGACUUGUUCGCUAAGAUGGGGGAGCUGGUAUCCCGUAACAACGACCGGACUAAAAUAUCCCAGAUGGCUCUGCUGAGUAACCUGCAUCGUGCGUAUGGACCAUUACGGAGCGUGCUCACCCUGAGGGAGAUGGCCGACCUUGUUGUCUUGGUUAUCACUAGAAUGCCAAAGUCUAAGGAACUGCCAGAGGAUGUACAGCGCAAUAAGUUGGACUUUAUACAGGAAACGGUCAACUCAGAACUUUUCGAGGCCGAUGAGUCCCGGGGUAUCAUCUUACCACUGUGUCUAAGUCAGAUCAAGUACUGUAUGAUAGAAAAGUUCAUGCUACCACAAGUGACCAGUAUCCUUGGUGAUAUCCUCAACAACGUGUUCCACAUGAAACAGCGGCAUUAUGGAUCAGGAUAUAAACCGCGGAAGCGAUGUAUGCAGCAGGACAUGAAGACGAUGGUACUGAGCGUGUUCGAGGUGAUACUACAAACUGUUUUGGCCCUCACAGAGAAAUCACUCCUCUCUUUACAUCACCAGCUAUCAAAUCCCGAGAAGUUGGACACUGAACCAAAAUCUCCUUCACCUCGGAAACGGAUGUUCAUCGGUAGAAAUUCUUCAAACCUAAAUGAUAAACAAAGACCAGAAAAAUAUUCUGACUAUCGACCAAAAACAGAAUUUGAGCCUGUAAAAUGGAAAAAGCUUGAGAUCAACCACAUGGUACCAAUGUGUCAAGACGUAUCGUCCGCCAUCGCUCCGUCCUCCAGUCUUGCUUCAACACUUUCAGCCGAAAAACUGGCAAAAGUUUCUGGUGAGCUGAUAUCCUGCCUGGUGGACAUGCUACGCCUGAUGGACGAGGACCACUACGAAGCGGUGAUGAAGAUGUUCCCCGAACAGCCACCACUUAAGGAUUUUUUGUUGAGAGUUUUUCUGACAUUCCAAGAGCUGAUUAAGCCAGAGGUGUUCCCUCAACACUGGACAGUCAUGAGGCUGGUCACCAACAAUGUGAUAUUUACAGCAGUAGAAUACUUCUCACAGGCCCUCACCAAACAUUUUCUACAUUCCGAAGACUUUGACUUAUCUCUGUGGCAGCACUACUUCAACCUGUCCGUCGCCUUUAUCACCCAGCCCAGCCUCCAGCUGGAGAAAUACUCUGAGGCCAAGAGGAAGAAGACAAAAGAAAGAUACAAUGACAUGCGGGUACCCAUGGGCUAUCAGAUACAGACACUGUGGGAAAAACUUGGUAACAACCAACGUCAUUUCAUACCGUCUCUUAUUGGUCCGUUCCUGGAGGUGACCUUGGUACCAGAACAUGAGUUGAGGUCAGCCACCUUGCCCAUCUUUUACGACAUGAUGAAAUGUGAACAGAGAGUCAACAGGAACUUCCUGCUGGUUGAGAAUGAAAUGAUAGAGAAACUGGAUAUUUUCAUCACGACAUGCAGCAAGGGUGAUAACCAGUACAAGGAACUCUUCAAGGCAAUACUUUUGGACAAAGUGCAAGCAGACCCAACACUGCAAGAGAAUGGCAGCGAGUUCAUACUGUCCGUUACCAGCCUGCUGGAACGACUACUCGACUACAGGAAUGUGUAUGAUGGAGAAGACAAUGGUGACAGACGGAUGCAGAGCACCUUCAACAUCCUUAAUUUCUACAAAGACAACAGUAACAGACAGGAAAUGUACAUGCGUUACAUCAAAAAGCUGUAUGACCUUCACCUCUCCGCUAAGAACUUUGUGGAGGCCGGCCUUACCUUACAGUUGUACGCCAAGCUGCUCAACUGGACCGACAACAUCAAACAGGGCGAGAUGGGCUACCAUCCACAGCCCGAGUGGGAGAGGAAGGAGGGCAUGUACCAAAAGGUCAUAGAGUGCUUCGACAAGGGCAAGGUUUGGGAGUUCGGCAUUCCACUGUGUAAGGAACUGGCGAAGUUCUACGAGGACAGACUUGAGUACCGCAAACUCAGUCAGAUCCUGCAAAAACAGGCAGCUUUCUUCAGUAAGAUACUGGAUGGCGUGGAAGUGGCGGAGGACGGACAGAAGAAGUUCUAUCCUCGACAGAAACCUACCUUCUUUAGAGUGGCAUACUACGGCCGCAACUUUCCCCCCUUCGUCAGGAACAAGGCGUUCGUGUACCGUGGCCACGAGUGUCUGAAACUACAAGACAUAAUAAACCAGCUCACACAGGAGUUUCCCACCGCCAACAUUAUGAAGAAGAACACAAACCCGACGGAGGAGAUGAAGGAGGGCGAGACGCUCAUCAUACAGAUCUGUGGGGUGAAGCCUGUAGCUGAGGAGAGACCGGAGUUCAGGAACCGUCCAGACGCUGCCAAAGAGAUUAAACAAUUCUACAAUGCAAAUGAUGUUGAUACAUUCCAGUUUGAUAAGUCUUUCUACCGUGGCGAGAUGGACAAGAACAAUGAGUUUAAGUCCCUAUGUACGGAACGAGUUCUCAUGAAGACGAGCUACAAGUUCCCCGGGAUACUGCAAUGGUACGAAGUUGUCAGUAUGGAGACCGUGACCUUGAAUCCGCUGAGGACGGCCAUUGAGGCAGUAGAGGCAGCAUGUCGCGAACUCACAAUUGUGAUUGGAGAUUGUCACCACAAUCCCAAUGAUGACAAUAUCAAACACCUGUCCAUGUUGCUAAAUGGCAUGAUCAGUGCUAAUGUGAUGGGAGGCAUCCCCAAGUACCAAGAGGCUUUCUUCUCCAAUGACUUUGCCAUAGAACACCCAGAGGAAACAUUCCUUUGCCCUGAGCUCAAACGCUGCAUUAAGGACCAGAUACGCCUGCUGGAUCAGGGUCUCAAACAGAUGAGAAUGGCUGGUCACAAAGAUUUGGCUGCCAUGGUAAACAGCCUGGCAGAUAUACUCAAAGGAAUUAAGCAGAGUGUUGAGGAUAAGGGCUCACAAACAUCGUUGAAUCGGCGAUCAGACUCGGGUAAUGCCAGUCUGUCUGGUAACGGUGUCCAGUACAUUCACCGCGCCAGUACCCCCAGUUCUAUAAACUCCAGUGGCAGCAGUAACAGAUCAUCAGAGUGCUCCGUAUCCAUAGAUACCCUGUCUCACGAGGACAUUUACACAGACCCUGAGGAGUGCCCACAUCAGCAUCCUCCACAACAAUUUAACCUUUCACCCCUAAUACCUCCGCCUCCUCCGGAAAAGAGACGUCACAGUCAACACUUCCCUGUGGGGAGCCCCGGGCAACAUGUCUCCUUUGGGAGCCCCAGAGUGGCUGUGCCCCCUCCAAUACCGUCACGGCCACACUCACUGUGUCUAAACGGGUUAGCAGCCCAACAGUUGGUCCCACAUAUGCAUGCCCCGCGUCAUGGAAGCGACCCCAAUAUCAAACAGACCACCAACAGACCAAUAAGUACUCUCUCCAUCAGACAGGAAGGUGACUAUCUGUACCCCGAGGGGCCUCCCACUCCAUGUGCAAAGGAGCCAACGAGACGGGAAGUUUACGUGACCCCACUCAGUCCCGCAAUACCAGUCCAGGGACGUCACCACUCCUACGGGGACAGUCCUCCCCCAUCCCCAUCCCCUAGUAUGAUGUCAUCUGUAUCGACCCCAGCACUUCCACCUAGGAGACUCUCAGAAUCUGGAAAAGAUGAAGAUCCGCCUUCCCUUCCAAGGAAGAAGUCAUUUCCAUCAGACCAUCCUUCUUUACCACCUAAGACCACCGGAGGCAUAUCUGGGAGGACAGGUAUAUCCCGGUCUGGCCCUCCACUUCCUCCUCGUCUACCUACAACUUCGCCUAAGUCACCUACAGUAAUGGGUUCGGCGACCUCAUUAUCUCGAUCUACAUCAAAUGUUUCUGCUAAUAAUAAAGACGGAGCAAACCCAACGGGUCCCCGGUCGAACAGUUCUGCUAAUGCAGAGUAUAAACAAUUAGAGGUGUUGUCCAAUGACCCGCCACCCAUCCCCCAGCGACACAGUCAACGGAUAGAAUCACCCCCACAGGUGUCGCCACGCACGUCUAUGGUCAAUAGAAAGUCGACCAUGUCGGUUGAGUUUGAAAACACGCCUUUGUGAGACAGAGACUCACGUGUUUUAUUGUGAUCUGUGAUUUUAUGUUGAAAUGUGCUACAUGGAUAUACGCGUGAAGAUUGUGACUUUCUUCGUCGGGAAGCUGUACAAUUUUGAUGUGCAAUUUCUCUCAUUACAGUUAUGUACACAGGGUUGGAUAUGCAUAGUGAUUCAAGAAUUGAAAUCACAUAUUAUUUCUCACAAGAUGAGACCCAAGAUGUGUGGAUUUUGACCAAAGGAACAAUAUUUCACAAAAUUGUGACGUGUGUUUUUACCAAAGGACCGAUUUAUGAUGCUUUCCCUUCACUGCCCAGAAAUCUGCUUUAAUAUUGAAGUAUAUACUUUAUCUAUGGGAGUAUUAUACUCUUUGUCUAUGGGAGUAUAUGCUUUUGAUCAUAUUGUAUCUUAACACAGAAAACGUAAAUUAUUAAGUUAAUGGCAUGUACCAACUGUUGAUCUCUUACCGUGGACUGAUGUACUGGUGGUCCGGUCACCUUGGCAACUACCUUGUUGCAUUGAGCCAACUACUUCUAUUUUGAACAAUUUAUGUUGAAUCAACCACUGUAUUUUGAACAAUUUAUGUUGAAUCAACCUUCGUACUUUGCACAAUUUAUGUUGAGCCAAAUAUCUUGAACAAUUUUUAUUGAACUAAUUAGUGUAUCAUGAACAUUUCUGAUGACUGCUGUAACAGGAACAUGUUAACGUUUGUUUCUAACUACUGUUGCCUGAACUUGAACAGUUACAUAAAUUAAUUCACCCCUGAAGAAACAUUUGAACCCUUCUAAUUCAAAGGUUGGAAUAGUUCAUGAUGAAACUUCAGGGGUGAAUGAGUUAAUGUGUUAAUGCCUGAACUUGAACAGUUACAUAAAUUAAUUCACCCCUGAAGAAACAUUUGAACCCUUCUAAUUCAAAGGUUGGAAUAGUUCAUGAUGAAACUUCAGGGGUGAAUGAGUUAAUGUGUUAAUGCCUGAACUUGAACAGUUACAUAAAUUAAUUCACCCCUGAAGAAACAUUUGAACCCUUCUAAUUCAAAGGUUGGAAUAGUUCAUGAUGAAACUUCAGGGGUGAAUGAGUUAAUGUGUUAAUGCCUGAACUUGAACAGUUACAUAAAUUAAUUCACCCCUGAAGAAACAUUUGAACCCUUCUAAUUCAAAGGUUGGAAUAGUUCAUGAUGAAACUUCAGGGGUGAAUGAGUUAAUGUGUUAUUGACAGUACGUUACAUUUUGACUCUGUUGAUAAUAUAAUUGGUGUUGAUAUGUUAGUAUUUUAUGCUAACAUCUCACCGAGGUUAUGUUAUAGAUCCAUUGCUAACUAGCCACCAAUCAACCUGCACUCAGAUUAGCAUUACUGCUACCCAACUAAUGGCACUAGGACGUUUCACGGAUCAGCAUUAUCUCAUAAACAUUGUGUUAACUGUCAUGUGUUUGUGUGCGAAAUAUUGCUGCAAUAAUGUUUAACUUGCACAGCCAUUUUAGCCUCCUCCUUCAUGUUGAUUUCUGUUUUAGAAGUUAAAGAUACGUACUGCUUUUGAUAUACACCUAACUGCUGUCAUAGAGCUAAUCUGAACUCAAACUCAACUGGUGAGAUAUUUUAUACAAAAUAAAUAACGCGAGUUGUAUUUACAAGAUACAUUUAAUGUAAAAUGUGCACAUCAGUUGACAGAGAUGUAUUAUAGAACUACGUCGCAGCCAUAAACUACGUCGCAGCCAGAAAGUGUCUUCAAAUGUAAAUACCACAGUGAAUAAACAUCGGCAUGAAUGUGGUUGUUUUUUCAAUCAUGAUAAAUUGAGAGAAAAAUUCUUAUUGACUUAAGUAUCAUUCUGUUAUUAAUCUGUUAUUGAUAAAUCAUUCAUUGACGAUUUUUAACCUAUGAGAUCUGUGCUUCUUCAUCCUUGUUUGAUACCUACAUCAAUUACAUGUCACAUGACUAAAUAACGGACAUAGUGAAUUAUGUAGGGUUGUCUCCCUUAACUCUUCCGUAUGAAACAGUCAAACUGUUUCAGUUUAAAUUUUUGCCAUAAGGACAAGUGUCUAUACUUCUCUAUGGUCCUUUAAUAUUAUCAGUUUGUCGGAGGCGAUGGAACCAAAGUAUUAAUUUGUACAGUGUGCAAUGAGUAUAUAUUUAUUUCAGUUUGACUAACGUCUAAAAUUGACACAUGAUCUUUUUUUUUGGAUUUUGUGAUCCAAUCUUCACAGUUAGUGCUACAGCUCCCUAGGGGCAGACAACCUAAGAAUUGACCCAUAUAAAAUCAGUUUGUGCCAUACUUUGUCAUUAAACAAUUGUUUAUUAUUGUUCCUCAUCUACAUGUAUGAAAUAUCACAUGACAGGGAAAUAAAACCUUGUUUCCCUACAACAAGGGAAAAUAAAUGUCUAACAUCACAUGACAGGGAAAUAAAACCUUGUGAAUCCCUACAACAAGGGAAAAUAAAUGUCUAACAUCACAUGACAGGGAAAUAAAACCUUGUGUUUCCCUACACCAAGGGAAAACAUGGCAAAACAGCAACGUUUUAACCAUGAAAUACUGCUAUAUGUAUACAGUACUCUCUUGAAAACUUAUAAACGGGAGACAACUGUGAUACACUAAAACCAUACUUUGUUGCCAGUUUCAAUUCAAGUUGGAACAGAUCAUUCUUGCCUGUAAAGAUAGAAAUGUACAUCUAUAUAACAAUAGUUUUGGUGAAUCUGAUCUAAGAUAAACAGCAGAUCAGUGAACAGUGUGAAAGCUUGACCAGGAAUAUUAAGUUAUACUAGUGAAAAUAGGAUGUAUUUACCUUACAGCUGUGAUCAAAAUGCAUAAUAUGUAAAUAUGGUAGAUACAUUUAUUAUUUGUUAAAUAAUUUUAAUUUAAAAGUUAGCAAUAAGAAUUGAUAUCAAGUAGUCUUAGUGAUUUAAAUGUCAUGUUUGCUCAAGUUUCAAUAACUAGCUGUUCUUUCAAAAAGAAAUAUUGGCUGUUCUUACUAUCCACAGAUGCUGUUUGACACUGUUUGGUUGUGUUAUCCGCAUUUCACGACCCCUCCUGUUCCAGUUACGUAUGAACUACGACCUCUCCUGUUUGGGUCCUGAAUGAAUGAACAUUUUAACACAUCUAAUCUCAUUGUCAUAAACAACCAGUUUAACUGACAAUUCACAAUUCCACCAGUUUCCUAACAGGACCACAUAUUUCAUUUUGAAGCUCAUUCAAUAGUGUUUCCAUGUAUUUUUUCCAAUGUUCUAUACUAAAACAGUAAUAUCAAAGAAACAGUUUUCAACCAAAGAUAUUCCUUAUUUUUAACAAAAACUGUACUUAUAUGCUAUAUAGUAUAUAGAUUGCCAUUCAAAGGAAUUGUUGUUGAUGGCCAGUUCUUAGAUUGACAACCAGGUGAAAAUUGACAACUAGUGUAUAGGUUGUCCUGGCAACCAAUCAAUGAUUGACAACCAGGGGUUGUUUGUAUAUACCUGUAGGUUGAUACUCACCCUGUCUAUAUAGUAGAUACACAUAUAUACAUCACAACAUGAUAUUUUGUGACUUUAGAGUCUAAAGUCAGUUUAAUGAAAUAAACAUUUAUGCAAAAAGGA